CAAAAAAAGCAGGUGGAGUUUCUCAACAUUUCUAGAAGCGCCAUGACCACACUUCGUCUCUCUCAUCACUGUUGCCAUCUUCCCCUUUUCUUCUUCUCCCCCCAAAAUUAAUGAUUUUUUAGAUUUCUUUGACCUUUCUAUUCUGCUUUGGAAAGUGGUAGUUGCAGUAUAUAUACUGUCCGCUUUUUGGCGUUCAAGAAGGGAAGAGAUUAAUUGCACACAGAAGACGAAGAGGAAGAAGAAGAAUAGUUAUGGUCGUAGCUGGAAAUGGAAGAAACUAAGAUCAUCGUCCCCGAUAAGAACAACGUUUUACGCUCUCGCGUUUUCCUCUACGGAUUCUACUGCUGGGAUUGGGAAUUCCUCACCGCUCUCCUCCUCUUUAGUUGUUCCAUCUAAACGUCCCCCCAAUCUCGCUUUUUUAUUUUUCUUGUGUUCUUAGUUUAGCGCUUUUAGAUUUUUUUGGUGUUUUUUCGAGUUGCUCUUUUGGUGAUUAGAGUUGUCGGAGGAGGAGAGGAUGUCGCAGAGGACCGUUCCGGCGCCGUUUCUGAUGAAGACGUACCAGCUGGUGGACGAUCCGGCCACCAACGACGUGAUAUCGUGGAGCGACGGCGGCUCCACCUUCGUCGUUUGGAAAACCGCCGAAUUCGCUAAGGAUUUGCUGCCCAGUUAUUUCAAGCACAAUAAUUUCUCCAGCUUUGUUCGCCAGCUCAACACCUAUGGAUUCCGAAAGAUUGUACCAGACAAAUGGGAAUUCGCGAAUGAGAAUUUCAAGAGAGGGGAGAAAGAGCUACUCAGCAGCAUCCAGCGUCGGAAGACUGUGACUUCAGGUGGUGCCAGCAAAAAGCCCGAAGUAGCUGACAAUUCAGCAUUGCCAGAGAGCUCUGGGGAAGAACCAGGCUCGAGUUCCACCUCGUCUCCCGACUCCAAGAACCCCGGGUCGGUGGACACUCCAGGGAAGUCGCAGUUCCCGGACUUGACAGACGAAAACGAGAAGCUGAAGAGAGACAACCAGAUGCUGAGCUCAGAGUUGGCACAGACCAAGAAGCAGUGCGAGGAGCUGGUGACCUUCCUGACUCAGUACGUGAAGGUUGUGCCCGAACAGAUCAACCGCAUCAUGAGCCAAGGAAUCUCCGGGUCCAGCCACGACGAUUCCAUUAACAAGGUUGACAAUUCUGCAGAUCUGAAUUCAAGCCAGAACAAAGAUGAUGAUGAUGAUGAUGACGAAAAUGGAGAGACUUUGAAGUUAUUCGGUGUGUUGUUGAAAGAGAAGAAGAGAAAGAGGGAUCACGACGACAACACUGAUUUCUCUGCUGCAAGUACCAAGGAGAUGAAGCCAUCUAUUGACUGCAAGAACGCACCAUGGAUGAAAAUCUCUCCGGUGCCUGGGAAGAGCGGCAAAGUCUGUAACUAACGGGCUGAUGCUUGUUCGCCAUUUCUGUCAAGUUCAGCUAAAUUCCAGUGUCUGUGAGGGUCAUAGAAUGAUAGGGUGACCAAUAUCCAACAUUUUUAUGUAAAACUAAAUACAUAGGUUAUAAGGUUGGCUUGUGAAAAUAAAAACUAAGAAUAAUGUUUUUCCUUGUGUCUUUGCUGUUUAUUAAGACCAAAUGGUAUGUCUUAACAAAUGAACAUUGAAUUAUAGUGUCUAAGAGAUAUGUUGUUGUCUUGUCUA